GAAGAAACGAGAGCAACGAAAUAAAUAGGUUAGGUCUACAUCGCACUCUUAAAUCCGGGAUUUAUUGAGUCCGGACCCAGUGCGCUGGGCUGCGUCCCUUUAAUCGAAUUUGAGGUUAGCCAUGUUUUCAUUACUCCGAUGGCCUUUAAUUCUCGGAAUAAUAUUGUUUAAUGUUGCGCAAAGUAAUGCCAAAGAAAAAGAUUCGUUUUACGAGGAGCUCUUUUUAAAGCCAUUAACUAGCGGACACCUUUAUGCGUAUUUUCAAUUCACGACUUUGUGGGAUACAGAAUCCUCAUUGCAUACACUUCGGCACACACACUUAUUUCCUCGAGCGCUGGGUGAAAUUAUUGGACGUCACGAUGUGGAUGAAAUGCAUGUUACAUUGACCGAAGGAUUGUGGAAUUAUGAAAAGUGGGGGUAUCCUCAUUAUGAUGCAGGUACAGGAGCAGAAGUAUUUGCUUGGUUUAAUAAAAACGUUACAAAUGUCGACGAUUCAUGGAAAUCAUUCACAAACGCAUUGGCCGGAUUGAUCUGUGCAUCACUGAAUUUUGUUGGCCCUUCAAACAGUAUAUCACCAGUGCUUACUUUUAGCCCAACUGGUGCCCUUAAGGAUACAGUAAACUUUUCACACUUUCGAUACUCUUCCCUACCUCGAGAAAUAGUGUGCACAGAAAAUUUAACUCCAUUUAAAAAAUUACUGCCGUGUGAUGCAAAGAAAGGUUUGGCAACUCUAUUGAAUUCUGUGCACAUUCACAAUACUCAUUAUCACUCUUUGGGGAUUCACUUCCGAUCAGUGUGUCAAAAUUCCGGCUGUACUCGUACAUCCCUAGAGCUACGUCAAACUAUCUCUCUUGUAUACGAUGCAAUGUCAGAUACUGCACAGGAUUGGUCGGUCAGGAGACUUUUCGGUAUGGGAAUAAAGGGAGCAUGCCCACUCGCCAGUUCUAGUAAAGUUUACGUAGAUGUAACAACAAAUGGGACCAGUUACACUUAUUCAUUGAGUCCCCCAUCAAAUACAACGAUAAUUAGCUUAAGAGGGGGACAGCGGAAUGAAAUAGUAGUUUACGAUGUCAAUUUCCAUUCCAGAAGAGGAAUGUUUAGUGUCGCUCUUUCAUCCAAUACACCAAGAGAGAGCCUUAUAAACAUCCCUACGAUCCUGUUCGUUAACAGAUACUUGAAUGGUUAUGGACAAGAAAAAGGAAGUAUCAUCACAAGUCUACAUAAUAAUCACUGGCAGCCUUUACAUGUUGUUAUCCUGCAAAACAUCCCAUGGUAUUUAUCGGUGUACAUGCAUACCAUGAAAAUAACAUGCAAUGGAAAAACAUUUUCGCCAUUGGUUCAGAAAUAUGUGCCUGGAAGGCAAAGAAUGCGGCCACAUCAGCUUGAAUUGAUAGUUUCACUUCCUCCGCAUUCGAUAACAAAGAUUUCCAUAGAUCUCGAAUAUUCCUUCCUUAAAUGGCAAGAAUAUCCACCAGACGCCAACCAUGGUUUUUACAUGGGGCCUGCGAUAAUAACAGCACUGCUGCCGAUUGCAAGAAAUUACACCGCCUUACCUUUAGACGGAAGCACCAUUACGUCAUGCUUCAAUGCAUCUCGUGAUGGCUACUUGGUGCAACUUCGUACCGAAUCACUACUGAUCAGUCUACCGACUCCUGAUUUUAGUAUGCCAUAUAAUGUGAUUUGUUUGGCCUGCACAGCCGUUGCUUUAGCCUUUGGGCCAUUGCACAACAUUUCUACAAAGAGAUUACUUCUGAGACGUGUUAAAGGCGACUGGAAGAAAAAGAUCAUCUCCGUAGUUAAGAGUUGUCUUACGAGGAAAAGUGAAAAAUGGCGCACGAGAGACGAAGGAAAAUGGCGGCCAUGUCUACUUUCUUGAAGUUUGGUAAAUGUCACAAAUCCGAUGAUACUGUAUUUACAAAUUUGGCUUUAAGUUGAAGAUGAGACGAGUGGGAUCUGUUAAUUAAUAAUUUUCAGAUUCCAAAGGUAUAAACCAGUAUAGACACUUGUUUGCAGCACUGAUCCGUCCCGCUUCAGGGAUUUUCGAAAAGUAACCUAAAAAUUCAUUAAAUACAUCUACUGUGGACAAUACGCCAGCUCCCAGAUGUCA